AUGAACCACGACUUUGCACCUGCUCCUCCGGAGAUGCAGCCGCACAGGGCUCCAGGCUCCAGAACAUCUUUCUCUCGCAGUCACAUGCUGGGGCGCCACACCCACCAAAAGCUCGCUGCAGAUGUGUCCCCCCUCAUCCCUGUCAUCAAGAAAACUGUGCAUUUGGAUGCCUUCCCUCAAAGCAAUGCCCUACAGAAUUCCAACCAGCCAAGCAUUAGAUCCAGGACCUGGAGUAUGUCCCAACAGGGCACUGCCAUGGGGGCCCUGAGUCCCAUGCCUCCUAAUAGCUAUAUGCCUAGGAAACUCAGCUCCAUUUCCUUAACAAUUCGCCAGAAUGUCCAAACACAGCCCCUAGAAGCCUCACCUUCUCAUUGGGAAGAAUUGCCCAGUUUGCACAAGGAGGCUGCCACCCCCCGAGAAGGGAGGCCGACUGCCUCAAGCUUGCCACUCAUGGCUCAAGUGCCACAGGUCAGGACCUCCUCUGAAGGCCUCGGGAAGCCAGACCUUACCAAAUCCAACAGAACGCCCGCAGGGGAUAAGCCUCUGGUGUCUUCAUGUCUGACCUUACCUUUCCAAGCUCAGUUCACUCCGAGUUCAUCAAACCUUCCGGGGCCAGGUCCUGUGGGUCAAGUCCCUACUAGAACUUCUCCAGGAAGAGGCAGGUGCAGGCCCAGGGGUAUUCCCAGGUCGCGAGUAUGCCUCCAAAGGGCUACCUCUGCUACGAACUUGUCUGUUGUGAGCACAAGAUUAGGUAAAGUCAGAAAUACAGGCUCAGUGGCUAUCAACAGACCAGAGUUAGCUAUCAAUAUGGCCACAGCAAACCCAUCCAGACUGGUCAGAAGCACAGAGCUUCCUGUUAUGGAUUCCAAGAUGGACCUGACCAUCAACUUACCUGUAGUAUCCAAGUCAGGAAAAGUCAUAGACUCCAUUACAGCAGGCACAGCCAGGAAUUUAGCUAGAGCAGGGACAACCAAGCUAGGCCAAGUUAUGAAUUUGGGAACUACCGAGUCAGACAAGCAGGAGAAUGUCACGUCUUUGACCACAGGGGGCUCAGACAUGGCUUUGCCAACAUCGGAUGAGGCCAAGCGGGGCAUAACCAGGUUGGACACAGUCAAAGUUUUGGCCGGAGCCACUGUAGGCAAGCCAGACACAACUACAGAUUCUCCUGCGUUGGACACAAGCAGACUAGGUACAACCGUGGACUCAGUUGUGCUGCUCUGCCUAGACUCAGCCAGUAGUGAGGCCAAGACACAUCUUGUCAGCAAUCUGACUAUCCCAGACACUGCGACCUAUGCUGCCUCUCCUCUAAUGCCGAGUGGGAGAACAGACCUAGCCCAGGACCACAUCACUGUGGAUGCUUCCACAGACAGUACCGAGGACUCCACCUCACUGGACCUGGCCAGAGAACCCAAAGGGCUCCCAGAGGCUAGGACGGACGCAGCCAUGUCAGAGCUGGUACCCGAGCCCAGGCCUAAGCCGGCAGUGCCCAUGAAACCGGUCAGCAUCAACUCCAACCUGCUAGGCUACAUUGGCAUUGACACCAUUAUCGAACAGAUGCGCAAGAAGACCAUGAAGACUGGCUUUGACUUCAACAUCAUGGUCGUUGGCCAGAGUGGACUGGGCAAGUCAACGCUGGUCAACACGCUCUUCAAGUCCCAAGUGAGCCGAAAGGCCUCCGGCUGGAGUCGGGAGGAAAAGAUCCCGAAGACAGUGGAGAUCAAAGCGAUUGGGCACGUGAUAGAGGAAGGUGGGGUCAAAAUGAAACUAACGGUCAUCGACACGCCAGGCUUCGGAGACCAGAUCAACAAUGAAAACUGCUGGGAGCCCAUUGAGAAAUACAUCAAUGAGCAGUACGAAAAGUUUCUGAAAGAGGAGGUGAACAUUGCUAGGAAGAAGCGCAUCCCUGACACCCGUGUGCACUGCUGCCUCUACUUCAUCUCCCCGACGGGACACUCCUUACGACCACUCGAUCUUGAGUUCAUGAAACACCUCAGCAAAGUGGUGAACAUCAUUCCUGUCAUUGCCAAGGCUGACACCAUGACCCUGGAGGAGAAGUCUGAAUUCAAGCAGAGGGUUCGCAAAGAGCUUGAAGUUAACGGCAUUGAGUUCUACCCUCAGAAGGAGUUUGACGAGGAUUUGGAGGACAAGACAGAGAAUGACAAAAUCCGGCAGGAGAGCAUGCCCUUCGCUGUGGUGGGGAGUGACAAGGAGUACCAAGUGAACGGCAAGAGGGUCCUCGGGAGGAAAACGCCCUGGGGGAUCAUCGAAGUGGAAAACCUCAACCACUGUGAGUUUGCCCUGCUCCGAGACUUCGUCAUCAGGACUCACCUCCAGGACCUCAAAGAAGUGACACACAAUAUCCACUAUGAGACUUACAGGGCCAAGAGGCUCAAUGACAAUGGAGGCCUCCCUCCGAACAAAAAGCUGUGCUCCUCACUCAGGAGGUCUGGGGAAGGUUUUAUUUUAAAAUGCUGGGAGCAGGUGAGCCACAGGCAACUCUUUCUUACUUCUGACCCACCCACAAACUGGGGCUGCAAGUAUUCUUCAUGGACUGGUGGCUGAGCUAGCCUGUGGCGGGCUGUGGGAGCUCAGAACAACUUUUCACUGUAAGUUGAGGUAAUCUGGAGGAAGGCUAGGACUUCUUGGGAAAACAGAAAGAAAAUUCAUGGAGAGCAGAGAAGAAAGCUGAGGGGUUCCUGCAGAAUUGGUGUCUGGAAAUGGAGCUCUACCCUUGUGUCUGUGUCGGGGUCACCGUCAAACAGCAGAUCAUCACUGCUGCAAACCACUGCUUCCUGUGCCCGCCCUCCCCAUAUUUCCAGGCUGGUUAGUUGCCUCCUCUUCUCUUCCCUUCUCCAGCGUCCUUUGCCUCCUUUCUUCAUAUAGUCAUACAUUCGCUUCAUUUCCUGCUUGUCUCUGACCUUUUAUCUCCUUUUGGAAUAAUCUAUGUUAGCUUCCUUUCUAUAUUUAGAAAUCAUGCCCAGGUACUUCCUAAAUUGACUUUCUACUGCCCUAAGAGAGACUCAGAACUGGGGGCUGGAGAGACAGCUCUGUCUUAGGAGCACCUUUCACUCUUGCAGGGGACCCAGGUUCAGUUCCCAACAGCACCUUCUUGAUAGCUUACAGUUAUCUGUGACUCCAGUUCCAGAGGAUCUGACAUCUCUUAGCCUCCAUGAGCAUGGUAUAUCUAUAUGCACAUAAAUAGGCAAGCACUCACACGCAUAAGAUAAAAAUAAAAAGGCCUCAAAAGAAUGAGAUCCCAAGUAAAAGCAUGGGGCAGUUAUAUACUGAGCUUGCAAGAGAAUUCAGAGUUAGAGAGGAGACUAGGAAAGGCGGUUUCUGCAGCUGAGCCCUGAAAUUUUCUCUGACUUGGGAGUAGCCUGGGGAAAUGGGAGAACUUGGUAACUUGGGCUGCUCCCAGUGUUCUGAUCAAGGAAGCACAUAUAUAUUGGCCAAAUGAGGCAACCUUUAAGUGGAGGAAAUUACAUUCACCAACUAAUUCUGAAGUAUUGGGAAAAAAAUACACAGAGUUUCUUAGGCAGCUGGACUUCUGAGACCAACCUUCCAACAGGUUUCCCUUUCUCUAGCAGCCUCUGUGUGCAUUACGCUGGCUUCUCUGUGCUUCGUCACUCACUCUUUCUCUGUUCUCAUUUGUCGGUCUGUCUGUCUUGGCUUCUCCCCUCCCGGCAUUCUCUCACCGUCCGGUCCUGCAGAUGUUCCCAGGAAUACCCACAGUCGUUUCUUUAGCCUCCCGUUGCCUUCUCAGGAGCCCUGUAUUUAUUAAUGCAUACUUUUGCUGCUCCUUGCACAUAUAAGUUAUUCUUUUUUCCUGUAGUUUCUAAGGCUGCUUUAAGGAAAGCCAUUUAGCCUUAGGAAAGGGAAGACACCACGUGAUUCUGUUUACACCUGAUCUAUCUGCUAUCCCACCUCCUGGUCCAGCCUGGGUGUUGAACAGGUCCUCACUAAAUGUCAGCAUUUAUGACCUCAGUCCUUUAUUACCCAGUCACUAGAAAAGAACAAAAAAACAAACAAAAAACACAAAAGAGUUAGGAGACCCAUAAUUCAGUGGGCCAAGCGGAAGAGGAGGGAAUGAUCAGAUCACGUGACCCUAAUCCUAUGGUCUUCCCCUUUCCUGGAGACUGCUCCAUCACUAGCCCUCAUCCCUCAACCCCACUUUCCCAUCACUAAAGAGUGGUCAGCUGUCAGGAUGGUGGCAGCAUUAUAGAGCUCUCUGAUUGCUCCAGUGAGCUGCUCUGUAUGGUGGGUGACAUGGGAUUGGGCACCUAGGCCCAGCAGGGGUAAGGAUGGUGGGCAUUGGCGUGGCCUGUCGCCCCUAAGCCGUGGUCUCGCUCUCCCUGGAGAAGCUGUUUUAUGUGUCUGCUGCCAGCUGCCGGUCUCCACACCCUCAACCGUUCUCAACUCCCCCUGCAGGGAGAAGGCCUCCUGGGCACUGUCCUUCCACCUGUGCCAGCCACCCCCUGCCCCACUGCUGAAUGAAGGCCAUUUCAAGUGCUGCUUCUCCCUCAUCCCUCCCAGCUGUUAUGGCUGCAGGGCCACGCCCCUUUUAGUGCUGUGCUUGUCCACCCCACCAGCGCAGCCCCUCUCAGCCCUCGGCAGGUGGGAGGGGCUAGCUGCGUCUUUAGGACAGCCGCUUCCUCUGUUUGGCCAAACUACUCUUGACCUCCCAGUGGUAUGGAGUUCCCGCCAGCACCACCCUGCCCUUGUGUAGGGAGGAGGAUCUCGUGGAGAGCUCCUGCCCUUGCAAGUGCAUACCAGCGACUUGUAACUGUCUCCAAGGGAACCGGCAUUGCUUUCUAACCAUUCAUCUGCAUGAGUACUUUCUUGGCUACCUUAAACGGUCAAGAAAGCAACCUUCCUGCUUGUCAGAGUCACUGAGGUCAGCCGUGUGAGCCCCUGUGUGGGACAAGGGUGUCUCCUUCAUUGCUUAAAGGUAUAAGGGUGAUUCAUUAUCCACGUUGGGGAGCCAGAGGGCUAGCGUCUUAAAAAAAAAAAUCACCGCUGGUGGCUGGCCCAGUAUUAUGUGUGUAGACAACCUGUUUACCCCAAAAUAAUGGCUAUCUGGGAAGUGGUUUUGCUGAAAAGAGGUUGCUGGAGUUGAUUUCAUCCCCAAACUUUAAAAGAAAGGGAAUUAAACACACAUGGACUACCCCCCCCAACCCACAAGCUCUAGGAAGAAAAAUAGCACCCUUUUGUACAUUUAGCAAUAAGAGGGCUCUCUUCCCACCCCUACCC